AUGGCUGAACACAGGGCAAUAUCUUUGCAUGAGCCACCCACAUCACCAGCAUCCCAGGAUACAGUGGUACAUCAAACAGAGGAUAUGUUGACACUGAAGAAUGAUCCGUCGUCGGAUGAGAUCAAUGCACUGGAGUCCAAACAUACCAUGUCUACCCAGGCUCGCACGCUCUCGAACGACUCUCGAUAUCAUGAGCCUGCUUCGAGGUCGACCAAGCUCCAAAGAACAUGGCUCUUCGUCCUGACUGCCAUGCUGGCAACCAUUGCAUUCGCAGUCGUCAUCAUCUUUGUGCUUUCGACUUACUUUGCGGAAAGAGCCUCUGAAAAACGUCAGCAAUUGAACAACUUGAUGAAGGUGGAUGCUAGCAUGACGCUUUCUGUCCUCAGAGCCUCUCAGGGUCUGUUGUCGGUCUUGAUGGGCCUGUUACUAGAGGAGGCCUUUACUCUACUGCAAUGGGACUUCUUGAACAGACCGAACGGGCUUCCCUACACGAGUAUACUGAUUCUUUCGCCAACUACCACCGCUGCGGGCAUAUUUGCACUUGCCAAAUCAUCAGUAGUGGCCGCAUCGGCCAAGUGCUGGGCAGUACUACGGCUCUUCUUAAUCGCCGUCGUAUGGCUCUCAGGCCUUGUACUAUUCUUCAACACGUCCAUCACUACUGUAUAUGACACUGCGUAUACCUACCCGGUCACUGCAGGCGUUGGGCCUUUCAAUGGAUCUCUCGUGGCACCAUUCAAGGAGUUCCUUCAUUCUUUGCGGCCCGGCUACCCCUAUGAAACCCUCCCCUACACUUACUUUGCGGCCGCAUAUACCCUCGUCAUCAAUCCUCUUCUAGCCGUGACGGUACCUCCUGCCAAUUGCACUGGCGAGUCCUGCUCCUCCUACUUAUUCUCUGGCGGCCUAGAAAUGGUUGUCCCUUGGGUGCCACAGAGUUAUAAAGAACACUCCCUGGUGAAGGUCGAAAAGACGCCGUCGAUUCAAGUCGAUUUUUCGAGCCCUAUCCAGGACGAUCCAGUGUUUCAAGACUCAGAUUGUGAUGUGUUUGGGCAGACAGGAAUAGCGAUUGGGAUCCGAUUGUGUUUAGAUGAGUCACCUCAGAAAGAAGGAUGGAUUCGAGCAGCGCUGUAUACGUGUUCAAGGGGCAUAGACAACGGGUCAUGCACGGCUCAUGUCCCUCGGCCAAACAUUACUGCAGAGGUAUCAUUUUAUACCCUUCAGACAUCACUCGUCGCAUCCCGUCUGAAUUACAGUAUCUUGGGUGUGUUCGAUUCUACGCAACCUGCACAAAUAUACGACCUCGAUCUCCCCGCGUACCGCGAAUCUCUCAGGUGGCUUCUGAACUUCACGGCAGCAGACUUGCCAGCACCAUCCGCAAUUGCGCAAAGUUUCUGGGGAUCUCAAAUGCAACUCAGCGACCCGUCGACUUGGGGCAUUCUAGCCCAAAACUUCCAAAGCAUCCUCGUGUUCCCCUUCUGGCUGUUCAAUGCCAAUAACUGGGGCAACACGGAGCUGAAGGAAAACGUGACCGUCUCCACACUGCCUCCCGACUUUUACACCCAGGCCUCGCUGAUCGAGCCUUACUCAAAGCUGGACGUUGACGACACAAUGUUUGCAAUCUUUCUCGGCUUUCAGAGUCUGGCCAUGGGCUUCGUGCUCUGUGUGCUGGUCUGGAUAUGGACUGGGUCUCGGGUGCCUCCCAAGAUGUCGUCGUUCCCUUUAUUUGACUUGAGCUUCAGGACAGAGAGGUGCAAUGAGGUAGAAAUACCAAACGUUGCACAAGCCGACAAUUCGGAUAUCAUACAGGGCGUCAAAGAUGUCCGAUUGAUGAGCUUGGGUGUCAAUCAGGCCGAUGCGAGCCGAAAACAAUCAUGUUAA